AUGUCCAUCGAAAACCUCAAGACCUUCGACCCCUUCGCCGAAGCCGACGAAGAUACCGGCGAGACUAAACAGUCUCAGAACUACAUCCACAUACGGAUUCAGCAACGCAAUGGUCGCAAGACUCUGACCACUGUUCAGGGUCUUCCCAAGAAGUUCGACCAGAAGAAGAUUCUUAAGGUCAUCAAGAAGAAAUUCGCUUGCAAUGGCACCAUCGUCUCUGACACUGAGAUGGGCGAGGUGAUUCAGCUGCAGGGAGAUCAGAGAAAGGAUGUCCAGGAGUUCUUGACUGACAAGAAGGAGGGACUCGAGCUUGAUGCCAAGACCAUCAAGGUCCACGGGUUCUAA